ACUGUACUUCAUGCAGCAACAAGUGUCCCGCAGCUUAUCAUGUCAAAGACAACCAGAAAUAUGUGAUCAAAACCAGAAAAGUCCAAAUCACUAAAAGAACAGUGGCACAGAAGUAUGAACAAAAUCUGGCAGUUGGUGAGAGGAGGUUUAGUCUGAUGGAAAAUCUUGUAAAAGAAAUGAAACAUCUGUCAGUAAAGAAGAUCCUCCUGUUGGAUGAAGCCUAUCAGCUUGCUGUUAAAUUGUAUGAGACUAACACAGUGGAAGCAAACAUUACUUCCACUCAUGUCCUGCUGGACUUUCUGAUCCAGAAGAUGAAGGAGAGAGGAGACCAAGAAAAGGUGAAGAAACUGGAGGAGAUGAACAAGAUGGAUGACAGAACCAGAGCAGCGCUGAUAGAGAGGAAACCAAACAUCUUGUUAAAAUUUGGUGAAAUAAUUGCCAACAGUCAUAAGAUCGAUUCAGAAUGUCCUGCCAUCUAUGAUUUGCCGACAAAAAUAGAGAAGACUGGAAAUCUGACCAAAGUCACUGUUGGCAGGAAAAAUGAGAAGCCAAAUAGAACCAUCUUACUUGUUGGUGAGACAGGAAGAGGAAAGUCUACUCUGAUCAAAGCUCUGGUCAACUACAGCAUGGGAGUGAAGUUUGAGGAUAAAAUCUGGUUUCAGAUCGUGGAGGAAGACGAGGGGAGAAGUCAGAAAUCAGAUGUGGUCGUCUAUCAGAUCUUUGGGUUUGAAGAUCAUACUCUUCCUUUCUCUCUGACCAUCAUUGAUACUCCUGGAUAUGGAGACACCAGAGGGAUCCAACAUGAUGAUGAAGUCAGUCAGAUGUUAUUCAGCUUGUUUCAGUCAGAGGAUGGAGUUCCUGACCUUCAUGCAGUGGGUCUGGUGAUGAAGGCGUCUGAUCAUCUAGUUAGUGAUCGACUGCAGUACAUCUUUAAUUCAGUGGUUUCUUUGUUUGGACCAGAAAAUACUGUAGCUCUGAUCACCCACUCUGAUGGAAUGCCUCCACAUGAGGUCCUUAAAGCUCUGGAGAAGGCAAACAUUGAAUGUUCUAAAGAUACAAAGAACCAGAUCAUCUACUUCAUGUUCAAUAACCAGCAGAAGACACAGAGAACUGAAGAAAAUGAGUUUGGCUUGGAGAAUGCAUGGAGAGUCUCAGAGAGAGGAAUUAAUCGAAUGACGACUUACAUUAAAGACAUCAGCCCUAAAAAUAUCCGACUAAUGUUUGAAACCCUGACAGAACGGGCCAGACUGACCGCCUGCAUCCAGAACCUGGAGGAGAGAAUCAGGUUCACUGAAUUAAAGCAGAAAGAUAUAAACAUGAAAGAUGAAGCCCUAAAGAAACACAAAGAAAAGAAUAAAUCUGAGCAGUUUACUGCAGAGGUAGCAGAAGUUUUUAAAACUCUAAAACCAUUUAAAUCAGGUCCAACCGGGUGGGUUUCUGAAGCAGCUGUCUACUGCACCGUCUGUGAGGAGAACUGUCACUAUCCUGGAUGUACAAUGGGCUUAAGUCCAGAAAGGUGUGAAGUCAUGAAAAAUGGAAGCUGUACUUCAUGCAGCUGCAAGUGUCCUGCAUCAAAGCACAUGAAAGACAACCAGAAAUAUGUGAUCAGAUCCAGAAAAGUCCUAAUCACUGAAAGAACACUGUCACAGAAGUAUGAACAGAAUCUGGUAGUGGGUGGGAACAGGUCGGGUCUGUUGGAAAAUGUCAUAAAAGAAAUGCAACAGCUGUCAGCAGAGAAGAUCCUCCUGUUGGAUGAAGCCUAUCAGCUUGCUGUUAAACUAUAUGAGACCAGCACGGUGAAAGCAAACAUCGCUUCCACUCAUGUCCUGCUGGACUUUCUGAUCCAGAAGAUGAAGGAGAGAGGAGACCAAGAAAAGGUGAAGAAACUGGAGGAGAUGAACAACAAGAUGGAUGACAGAACCAGAGCAGCACUGAUGGAGAGGAUGAAAGGCAUCAAAUGGGAUGAAGACUUGAUCUCAGAAAGUUUUGAGAUCCAAUCAGAGCUUCCUGCCGUCUACCAGCUGAGAACAAAGAAAGAGAAGUUUGGGACUCUGACCAGAGUCAUUUAUGGCCAGAAAGAUGAGAAGAAGCCAAACAGAACCAUCUUACUUGUUGGUGAAACAGGAACAGGAAAGUCUACUCUGAUCAACGCUCUGGUCAACUACGCCAUGGGGGUGAAGUUUGAGGAUGAAGUCUGGUUUCAGAUUGUAGAAGAAGAGAAUAGAAGUCAGACAGAGAGCCAAACCUCAGAUGUGAUCGUCUAUCAGAUCUUUGAAGGUCAAAAUCUGCCAUUCUCUCUGACCGUCAUCAAUACUCCUGGGUUUGGAUACACCACAGGGAGUGAACAUGAUUUGGUUGUUAGUCAGAGAUUGUUUGACUUGUUUCUAUCAAAAGAUGGAGUUCAGGAGAUUCAUGCAGUUGGUCUGGUGAUGAAGGCAAGUGAGAACCGACUGAGUGACCGUCUGAAGUACAUCUUUGAGUCACUGAUGGCUCUGUUUGGAAAAGAUUUGGAGAAAAACAUUGUAGCUCUGGUCACUCACUCAUAUGGAAGAAAACCUAAAUAUGUCUUAAAGGCUCUUGAAGUUGCAGAUAUUAAAUGUGCCAAAGAUAGAAACAAUCAGCCUGUUUACUUUCUGUUUAACAAUUAUGAAAUGACAGAAAGAGACACAGAGGAAACAGCUGUUUGGAAGCGUUUCUGGGAUUUCACCAACACAGAAAUACAAAAAUUCACCACCUACUUAAACACAUCCCAACCUCAGACACUGACAACAACUAUGGAGUUUUGGAAUGAGAGGAUCAGACUGACCGCCUGCAUCCAGAACCUGCAGGAAAGAGUUAAGCUGAGUGAACUAAAACAGAAAGAUAUUAAACAGAUCCAAGAAGCUCUAAAGAACAAUGAAAAAGAGAUUAAGAAUAAUAAGAACUUUUCUAUAGAGAUUGAUGAGACCUAUAAAGACAAAGAACCAAUCAGUGGCAGGAUGUGGGGGUUAGUAUUUUUUGAAGGAGCUGUCUGUUGCACUCGAUGUGAGGAGAACUGCCACUACCCUGGAUGUACGAUGGCUUGGUAUCCUGAGCACUGUGAGGUCAUGAAAGAAGGUCGCUGCACAGUUUGUACCGGAAAAUGUCCUGCAUCAGAUCAUGUGAACGAGCAGUGGAGGUAUGUGACCAAAACCAGGAAGGCUAAGAAGACUCUGCAAGACAUGAGGGAGAAGUAUGAGAACAAUAAAGCAAAAUGUGAGAACAUGUCGAGCCUCUUGGAAAAUCUUAAAGAAGAAUCCAGGAAGCUGUCUGCAGAAACCUUAAUGUUUCUGCAUGAAGCAUAUCAACAUGCUGUCAAAAUAAAGUCAGUUUCCACUUGUGUUCACCUGGACUUUCUGAUUGAUAAGCUGGAGAAGAAAGAUGACACCUGGAAGGCUGAGAAGCUGAAGAAGAUGAAAAGUGAAAAAGAUGAGAAGGAAACAAUGCCAGUGCGACAUUACAUGAAAGCCGUCUCCAAGGCUGAGAAAAAAAAAGUUACAUAAUUAUUUGGGAAGAGAGAAACUUAUGAAAAAUAAAACUCAUCUUUAUAAUCAUCUCUGUACAUCUCCUGCUUCUGAAAACAAUUCAGUUAAUCUACUAACAAUUUAUUGAAAUAUCAUUUUUUUUAUUCCCGGUAAUCACAUUUUGAAUAAUUAAACUAAUGCAUUAACUUAGGUCUGUUUCUAUGUAUCUUUAUUUUAGAGAAACAUUAGAGUAAUAAGCUUAGCUUCUAUAAAAAGCUGCAGGAUUUACUCUGUCAGGAUCGAGUUAUUAUUUUAAAAUCAUUACGGUUCUUUGGACAAGUAAACUGAUAGAGGGGCUGUGUCUUUAAAAUCAAAUGGCAUAAACAUUACUAUAAAUGUUAAUUCUUCCUCCUUAUGAGUUACAGCUGUUCUCCUCUGUGAUAAUUUUUUCAGGUCAUCUUUAAACAUUAAUGAGAUUAAAUCAGAUGUUUCUAAAUGUGACAUUUUCCAUUUUCCAAUGUAUAUGUGUAAGAUACAAUCAUGUGAUCCUUUUUGGUCUACUUGAUAUUCUACA